CAGAGAUCAAGAGUUUUUUUUCUCAGAGGAGAGGAGCGUGUUUAACUUCUGCAGGGAAAAGUGGAGGAAAAGGGUGAGCUGAGGUGGGACGUGGUCCUCUCCUUUUGUGGAACCUGCUGUCAUGGCGAAGUACCUGAGAUAUUUCACCACCGUGGGUGAUGAUCAGCCGGUCCAUUUGGAGGAAGAAGAGCUGCACGUGGCCAGCGAGGAGUUGAGUCCAGCCACCGGCCAGUUUCCACAAACAGUGAGCUUCAGAGAUGCUCUGCGAAGGCUGUACAGCUCAGACCGGUUCCAGGUAGUGGUGGUGUGUUUGGUAGUUCUCGAUGCCUUGUUUGUGCUGGCCGAGCUGCUUAUUGAUCUGGCAAUUAUUGAUUUGGGACAUGGACACAUCGCUGCUGAGGUGUUUCACUACCUGAGUCUGGCUCUUCUCACAUUCUUCAUGGUGGAGCUGCUUGGGAAGCUGUUUGCGUAUGGCCUGGAGUUCUUCCAGCAUAAAUUCGAGGUGUUUGAUGGUGUAAUUGUGGUGGUGUCCUUCGUGUUGGACGUGGUUUUCAUCUUCCAUGAGGACGCCUUUGCUGGGAUGAACCUCCUCAUCCUUCUGCGACUAUGGAGGGUGGCCAGAAUUAUCAACGGGAUCCUGGUGUCGGUGAAGACCCGGGCACACCAGCAGAUCCACAAGUUGAAGGAGAGCUACGACCACCUCGUCAAAAGAGUCACAGAGAUGCAGGAGCGCGCUGAUAAACUGGAACAAGAGAACCAGAAACUUCAAGCCCUCCUCAAGAAGCACAACAUCGACUUCUGAAUCAACAAGCUAAUUUUUGUGGAGCUACUGUUUAAUAUAACUUCUAUCAUGUACCUUUAUGCACCAUUUUU